AUGUAUUUUCCAAAUAUUUUGUCAUUAUUAUCUGUUUGUAUAUUAACACAUUAUGGUAAGACACUAUUACUAUUAUCUAUAUAAAGGUACCUACUUGAUUAUAAAUUGUAUAAAAAAAACGUUUAAAAUUAUAAUACAGCUAAUUCGGAAGAAAAUUUGCACAUUGAUGAUAGUAAAUUUGGAUCAUUGGAACUACCAAAUUCUCCAAAAAAAUUCACAGUUGCACAGCAAGUGACUUAUUUCAGGGAUAUCAAAUCAAUUAGUAAUGUCAUUCAAAAUGUUCAGGUAUAAUACUUUUUAUUUAUAGACUUAUAAAUAUUAGCCAUUAAUUGAUUUUCUAAACAAAUGUAAUAGAAAAGAAUGGAAGAUGAAUAUACUAUGCAAGCUUCCUUAACAACUAACUCUAAACAUAGCAACAAAGAAUUGGAAUUUAAAUCAUUAGUGUCAUCAUUUCUACAAGCAGAAUUUUUCUCCAGUGAAAAUAAUAGCCUACCAUUAUUUCCCGAAUUAACUUUUAAUUGUACAGCCGACUAUUGUGGUCAUGAUGAUACAGAAAGAGUCAAUUGUACCAAUUCUGUACUUUUGAAUCAGACUGACACUUCUGUUGAGGUAACUUGUUUGAUAGUUAAAACUCAAGAGUAGUAGAUAUUCCUUCAUAUUUAUUAGUAAUCAAUUUAAAGUUUACAAUUUGUUUGGAGAUCAUAAUUUAUUAAAGAUUUCCGAAUAAAUAGUUUCUAAAUAUUAUAAUAGUUUCUUGAAAUUUGUAUAAAUCAAAAAUAAUAAAUUUAGAUAUUAUGAAUUACAUUCACUAUGUAUAUUCAAUUACAUUACAAGGGUUUUAAAUUCCAAUAAAUUGGAACAUUAACAACACAAGCAUCAAUUUUAAUUUUAUUCAAAUUGUAGGCUGUCAAUGAACAAUUUUUAAAUUAAUAGUCUUAAAUUUCACCUCAUUAUAUUUGUUGCACACAUUUUGAUAUUUAUAAGUAAUAUAUAUAUAUAUACAAUUACAUAAAUAUUAUUAAAUUGCAAACCUAUUGAUUUAGACGAUUUGACAGAAUUCUAUUUUUAAAUAUUGUAACUAACAUGUUCAAUCAUCAUAGUUCUACACUGAAAAAUCAAUAUUAAUAUUUAUAAUUUGCAUGUUUUUAUUUUGUAUUAAAUUGUAACAAUGUAACUAUAUAAAUUUUUUUAUAUUUUAUUGGUGAAUUUGUAUUAUGUGGUUUUCUUUAGAUUGUUUAUUCACAAAGCAGUCUAGAUGAUAUCUUGAAAUUUGAUCCAAACAUAAUUGAUUGGAAUACUUCAGCUCUUUGUACAUUAGUUUUGUUCUAUGAUAGUUCAUGUGAAUUAAGCAUUUUGGCAGCACCUCAUUUUAAUAUAUUUCCAAGAAUAUUUCCUCAAAUUAAAAUGGUGGCUUUUAAUAUCGCCAAUGUAAGAAAUACAUAUAUUUGCACAUUAAAACUAUAACUAAUAAAUUAAAUAAAUAACUUUUGUUAAUUUGUUCAUUCACUAGAUGAUUCAGAAGACAAAGGAAAAUUUAAGGGAAUUACCUACAUUAGCUUUGUAUCACAAUGGUGAACUUUUUGCUGAUUAUCAGGACAUUGAAUACACAAUACAAACUUUCACUGAAUUUGUUAUGUAUUAUACAGGUAUGUAA